CCCGGCGACUCCCGGCGUGCCCCGCGGCCGGAAGUGGCGCACGCAGGGAGACGUGUCGGAGCGGCGGGCCCGGAGCGGGAGCCGGGACACCGGGGGAGCCAGGAUGAUCACGGACGUGCAGCUCGCCAUCUUCGCCAACAUGCUGGGCGUCUCGCUCUUCCUCCUCGUCGUCCUCUACCACUACGUGGCCGUCAACAACCCCAAGAAGCAGGAGUGAGGGAGCCCCGGUGAAGCCCCCCCGCGAUGCCCCCGCAGCGGCGCCGCUCCCGCCGCCCCUCGCUCCCUCCUCCCGCGGGGCUGCCCCACGGUGCCUCGGCGGAGCCCCGAGAGGAGCGAGGCCGAGCUUCUUCCAAACCAGCUUUAACAGGAACACGAUGAUACACGACAAAAA